AUGAAAAUCUCCAACAUUCUCCUUGCCUUUUCAGAGGCAUCUUCUCUCUCCUGGAUUGGCAUCCGAUCUUCGGCUGGUGAGAUCUGCUCCUACUCUGGAUUUACUUCUCAGCAAAAAAAUCUCUGUCGACGCAAUAGCUUCAUCGCCCCUGCGAUUAAGAAUGCAGCUGAAGUCACUUCUUCCUCUUGCUUCGAGUCGAUGUCUGACACCCUCUGGGGCUGCAACGGCAUCAAAACGCUUCCCAAAGAGCAACCAGAACUUGAACAACCAACUCAAGAAAGCGCAUAUCUCCAUGCUCUCGCUACGGCUCAUCUCAAGAACUCCCUCGAAAAAUUUUGCAAACUGGGCUCAGCUGAUUGUGAAAAUUUCAAUGCUGAGCAGUUCGCUCUUGAAUUUACCGAUGUCGCUGCUCUUAAAAAGAAGCCCUUCUUAUUUGGAAUUCACAAUAACAAAGUCGGUCGAAAUGCUGCUGAAAGCGCCAAGAAUACUGUCUGCAAGUGCCAUGGUCCUUCCGGAAGCUGCGCUCAGAAAACCUGCUGGAAAGCGAGCACGAACGUCAAUAAGAUGAACAGAAUUAUCAAAGAAAAGUACGAAUCUGCUGCUCGAAUCCAACAACGACAACUUGAAAUUCUACCAAAAGCAGUCUUCGAUUCGUUCAUCAACGACCGAUUGAUCUUUGGGAAGAAAUCUCCCAAUUUCUGCGAAGUCACUCGAGGAAGAGUUUGCGACGCUACGAAAUCAUACGGAGCUGGAACCUGUGAUGAGCUCUGCUGUGGACGUGGAUCGAUUCAAAAAGUAUCCAUCGAAAAGGAAGAAGUCUGUACUAUGAAAUUCGUCAAAGUGGAGGGCUUCUCGUGGCCAGCCGGGGUACACUGUAAAGAUAUGUUUUACCAAAAAACAACAAGUACCUGUCGCUGA